AUGGCUUUACAGGCCUUGGUGGGUCGUCCACCGGUCCUGUUUGAUUCCUGUGCCGCGAUUGCAGCUCUUAAAGAGGUAGUUCACUUAGCACAGAAGUAUGUGGAUGAGCGAUACUCGAGGUAUCAGAUAAUCCUCAGAAAGUGUCGCCCCCUGGUGGCAGACGCAUCCUUACAGAAUAUCCUGAUCAAAUUAGUGGCCUCGAAGGAGGAAGCUGAGAUUGCUAAGACACCUUGCAGCAGAGGACCCUGUCAAAACUAUGGCACUUGCGUACCGCAGUACGAGAAAAACAGUUAUGUGUGCGUUUGCAAAAUUGGAUUUGAGGGGAAAGACUGCGAAACAGUAAUCAAGCACUGCGAGAAAGACUCAUGUCUUAACGGUGGAACUUGCAUCGAUGGAGUCAUUAGCUUCGAGUGCCGAUGUCGACAGGGGUUUUCUGGAAAGCGAUGUGAACCAGGUAUGUUAAUCAAUUCUACAAUAUUGGUGGGCAACACAAACUUUCUCGGCAACCUGUCACAUUUUUUGUCGCCUGCUGUAGGAAAUAGUUCACAGUGGUUGCUGUGCCACCGCGCCUCCACGCACGGCUGGGCUGCAAGCACCUUCCACACCAGUUGCGACCAUAAACCAAACACCGUGACCAUCAUCAAAAAAGGCCAGUACGUGUUUGGAGGAUACACUGAUAUUACUUGGGAUUCUUCUGGUUCUUAUGGCAACACUCCCAAUGCGUUCAUAUUUUCUCUACGGAACAAAGAAGAACUGCAUCCAUUUAAGAGCAUGGUUUUACAGCCACAAAAUGCAAUUUACAGGCAUCAGGAGUAUGGUCCAACAUUUGGAAAUGGCUGGGACAUUUACAUUUCGGAUAAUUCUAACAGCAACAAUGAUUCACACACCUAUCUUAGCAACUACGAGACACCAAAAGGAGCAAAUAAGCCAGCCACAAUCUUGUCUGGUACACUAUUCUUUUCACCUGAUGACUGGGAGGUGUUUUAUCUUGGUUAAAAUACCUGUUCAUCAACAACCUUGCCAUUAAAAACUCUUUACUUAGCCUGUGAUUCACUAGAUAGUUUCAGAUAUCUGAUAGUUUUAGCAGUACAUAUUUACUAUCCUAGAGCAUCUACGUUGAUGGCUUCCAUUUAACUGCACUGAAAAGCUUAAGGUACUCCUUGUAGAUGAAAUCCAACAUGCGAAGGUAUGGAUUAAAAUAUACCUUAGAAAUUUGAUAAUAUAAAUAGGAAUGACAAUGAUAAUAAUUACAAUAACAAUAGUAAUUAUCACGAUAGUAAUAUUACU